AUGACACCUAGAAAGAAGAGAGCGCCUUCCAACCUGCUGAUGCGAAAGAGAGGUGACACUUCUUUCACAAUCGAAUCCUCCAGGAAUCCAACACACAGCUUUACAGAUAUGAACGUGGAUAACACCAGAGUAAACAAGAGAUUGAGAAGCCUGCCGUUCAUUCUCUCAGGGGAAAUUUCAAAGUCGACAAAUGCUCACAACAGUGAGUUCGUUCCUCCAAAUCCUUAUACAGAAAUGGGUGGUGAUGAGGCAUCUUGCAGUUUAGCUAUAAAUGAUCGUCAAUAUCAAAAAGCAAAGAAAGCAUCAACUGAUGUCCCAACUGCAAGGAAGCCAUUGCACAAUGAUAGGCUGAGCGUUGGAAAACCUAACUGUGUAUGUCAGUUCUGUGGUGCUUUUUUUGGUAUGCUGAGCGAUUGGAUCGACACAGGAAAUCCUUAA